AUGUCCACUAUUCUCAUUCACACGGCCAAGGAGUUUAAGCAGCGCCGGUCGCAUGAAAAAUCUAGAAAGGGCUGUAUAAGAUGCAAGCAGCAGAGAAAAAAGUGCGACGAAGCUCGUCCCAUCUGUUCUCGCUGCCAGAAGCGAAAUCACUGCUGCCGUUACACUACCCAGAACGAACGCUUCCCUCCAGGCUCGACACCUCUCAGCCCUGAAGAAGACUCUCCAAUCCCUGAUAUCCCGGACUUGGAUUUUUUACAUCUCGCCGAGGCCAGCCCAACCAGCUCCGAAGCAAACUCCGAUGGCACCUGUUCUGGCGAUUCGGGCAUUGCCCGCACACUGCAAUAUGAUACCCUUGGCGUACCGCAGGUGCUCCAGCCAUCUCAUGCUUUGAAUUCUGAAGACUUGGAGCUGUUAAGUCACUAUAUCACACAUACCAGCCGCGCCAUACCCUUCAAUGCAGAAGAAUUACACGCCCUCCACGUUGGGAUGCCGAAUCUCGCAUUUGGCAGCAGGCCAGUCAUGGGCUCAGUGCUGGCGCUCUCGGCGGUUUGCAAGUGCUACGACAUUUUGAAGCGUUCAUCAGCUGCUCUCGACAGAAUAGACGAUAUGAAAAGGCUUCUUUUUCUAGCAGAUGAACACCAUAGAUCUUCGCUUCAUCAGAUGCAGGGAGCUCUUUAUGGCGGUCACUUUGACACAGUUCUGGCCAAUGCUGCGUUGAUGGUGCUAUAUUCAUUAUCCGGCCACUGCGUUCGGGUACUGUUAACAAAGAAAGCUGCCAGAUGCGGGAUCACACUAUCCAACGAGAUGCUGCCGUUGCAAUCACAGUGGAUAACCUCCAUUCGUGCCGCCUAUGUAGCCUACGUUGGGCUGCUAAACAGUGGAAACAGUGAGCUGGAGAAUGAUCUGCCGAGCCCACAUUCAGUUGCAAGUGAAGAUGCUGCUUUUCACACAACCACCAUGCUGGGCGAUAAUCUACUGAAUCCUGAAGAUGGCCCGUCAGAAGGGACGAAGAAAUUGCUACUACCUAUUGUAUCUGCGACAUACGGGGCCGCCAUGGAAAAGCUCACUGCACACGUUCAGGCCGUCUGGAUUGGCCAAUAUGACUCAAACUUCCACGCACCAAGCAACCCGGAUUCAGGGCUUCAGGCAUGCCUUACGGCUGUUGAGCUUCUGGAUAGUCUUUUCAAUACAGUAUUUGCCAGCGACGAGUCAAUCCCCGAAUCCUUUCAACCAAUACCCACUGCAUCGAAUGCCCACCUGGGUAAACUCGAAAAUGCCUCCCCAUGGCUGAGGAGAUAUAUAGCUCACGUCAUCUCCGUUGCGCCAACUAAGAUGUUGAGACGGACAAUCAUGACUUUCCUAAGCCGCGUACCACUCGAAUUUCUUCAGCUUGUUCAAUCAGCCCUGGACUAUAUGCCAGUACCGGGACAACAAAACGACUCUGUUUGCUCCCAUAAUGUCGUACCACUUGGCCAAGCACAACAGCUAGCAAUGAAUAUCUUUGCCCACUGGCUGGUCCUCGCCAUGCUCCUAGACGGGGUGUGGUGGAUUGGCACCAUCGGAGAGUGGGAGCUCGGGCGGAUACUCUCAUUCAUGGAAACUCAAGGGUGGAUGACCGAAUCCAUAGAAACGGGGGAAGCGUGGUGGCCGGAAAGCAUGUACGCUGUUCAGAAAGCAAUUGCUGAACCUAUAGAAUAA